UUUUAUUCUACUUCAAAAAAUAAAUAAACUAUUAUGACGGAAAUAGUAGAAGACAGUAAAAACACUUUAAAAGGUGUGAAAAUGGUUGAAUUAUAUAAACUUGUUUGGAGUAAAUAUGAUAAAUGGGUCAUGUUCUGUGGCUUAAUCCUUUUAUCUUGGGCUAUUAACUUUGAAAGCGGUAUUAGUUCAUCUCUUACAGUGAAUGUGACUAGCCUCUUUCAGACAAACAAUUUGAUCAGUAUUUUAUCUACCGUACUCUAUAUCCUUCAAACUGCUCUUUACCCCAUCUAUUCUAAGCUCUCUGAUAUGUAUGGUAGAGCUCAAAUGUAUACAAUUGCCUUAUUUUUCUACAUAGUUACUUAUAUUGCUAUGGCGUGCGCUAAUAAUUAUGAGACGUUAGUGGGCGGACAAAUUAUUUAUGCAUUUGGCUAUACAGGUGUAGCUAUCCUUGGACCAAUUACAAUUGCUGAUUUCACAAAUGUCGUAAAUCGUGGUUUGAUGCAAAGUCUGUACAAUGUCCCUAGUCUCAUUAACCUUUUCCUUGCACCUCGCGCUGCUGAUGCUCUUUAUUACAAUGGAAAUUGGCGUUGGGGCUAUGGAAUGAUUCCUAUUAUUCUCUUGGUUACUUGUCUACCCGUUCUUGGUACCCUUUGGAAAUUGUACUUUCAAGUUAGGAAAAGGGGUCUUUUAAAAGAAUACAAGGCAGAACAAAUCAAGAUAUAUGGCAAAGCCGAGAAAAUGAACUUUAUACAACGUAUUAUUUGGUUGGGUGUUGAAAUUGAUAUUAUUGGCAGUAUAUUAUUGAUUGCGGGACUUUGUCUUAUUUUGCUUCCUUUGGUUUUAGCUACAACUUCAUGGGGUGGGUGGAGUAGUGGUAAGACGAUCGGCACUCUUAUUGCUGGUGUCGCCGCUUGGGCCCUAUUCGGUAUCUGGGAAUGGAGAUUUGCAGCUAAGCCUGUUAUUCCUAUUACUCGAUGGGAAAGUCGUACCCCUCUUUACGGUGUCUGUGCUCUAUCAACCGUUACAAUUAUUUCAUCUACUAAUUGGCAGUACUAUACAACUUAUCUUAUGAUUUCUCGUGAUCUCACUGUCUCUGAUGCUAUCUUACUUGAAAGAGGUUAUAAUGUCGCUUACAUUAUUUGUGAAUUCCUUGUAGGUAUUUUAAUGAAACGAUUUCGUGUAUGGAAGCCCUUUGUCUGGACUGGUGUCUCCUUAAUUAUCCUCGGUGUAGGGCUCAUGAUCCCUGCUCGUCUUCCAACUUCAUCUGAUGCAUUUGUUGUUAUCUCUCAAACAAUUGUUGGUAUCGGUUCUGGUUUCCUAUACACACCUAUGCUUGUCGCUAUUCAAAGUUCAGUUCCUCAUGAUGACAUGGCAAUUGCUACUGCUAUGAUGCAAAUCGGUGGUUCUAUCGCUGCUAGUAUUGGUUCUACCAUGGCUGGUUCUAUUUGGAAUAAUAUGCUUCCUGGACAACUUGCUAAAUAUGUUCCUGGUGAAUAUAAUUAUGAAAAGAUUGUUGGCAGUAUCCCUUACGCUCUUUCUCUUCCUAAAGAGCAAUAUGAUGGCGUUGUUACUGCAUAUGGUCAUGUUCAAAUGAUCUUGUCUAUCAUUGCUAUUUGUAUUGCUGUUCUUACUUUUUGUUUUACAAUUCCUAUGAAAUCAUUUGGUCUUGAAAGCUACAAUGAAGAAAGUCAGACAAAUGAAUCAGAAGAUGAAUUUUCUAAUAUUGAAAAGCCUUAUACUUUUAAGACAGAUAAUGUUCAUGAUUCCCCGAUGAAUUUACAUUUAUCAACUGAAGCUAUUUCCGCUGAAGCCAUUCCUGCUAAAGUCUAGAAAAUACACUGUAAAUUAUUAAUCUUCAUAAAAAAAAAAAAAUGCAUACACUUAAUAUUUAAUUUAUAUGAUAAAUACUAUUUUUCUUCUAUUUAUAUGAUAAUUUAUUAUUAUACUACAUUAUUUUAUAUCAAAUAAAAUCUCUCGUAAUUUUAUACUAUCUA